AUGGAUCGAUUGCAGAGUGUUAUGCUAAAAUUAGACGACACCAGCUGCAGCAAGAUCAGGACGAAGGUGAAUGCUGCGGAUGAACGAAUCAAAGAGGUAGUUUGGGAAUUCGAAGAUUUACUCGAAUCCCAUGUCUUACAUCAGAUUCUUCCACAGCUCGAAAGCGAGAGAGACAACUUGUCAUUCUCUGUAGAUCUGCAGAGUCUGCAACACCGUGUUGAUUGCUUCAUCGAGAUGGUGAAGAUGAUGGAGGAAGAGUACAUCAUUGAAAUGGAGAAUAUGGCUAAAGAAGAAGGCGAGCCUAUUUCCUCAAGAAUCGAUUUUGGUGGAAUCAAGCCAAAGAUGGUUGGAUUAUCUGAUGAAUUUCAAAAAGCCAGAGAUGAUCUUCUUGAAGAUAAAAAUUACUCGAUUAUGGGGAUGGCGGGCGUUGGAAAGACAACUCUUGCUAGGCAUAUUUUUAAGGAUCCAUCAACUCAGAGCCAUUUCGAGUUUCGAGCAUGGGUCAGAGUGGGUAGAAAAUGGGAAUCCAAUGAACUAUUACGAUACGUUCUAGCUCAAGUGGAUUCCAACGCUUACCAAAACCUUACCCAAGGAGAUGAUUAUGAGGCAGAAUUAGUUAGAAUCUUGAAAGAAAGUUUGAAGGAUAAGAAAUGUCUCAUUGUGUUGGAUGAUGUUUGGGACGCAGAAGUAGCAUAUGGCUUGACAAAUUGCUUCCAAGAUAAGAAUAUUGUUGGAAGGAUUCGAUUCUUACUUACAAGUAGACAAAGUAUAGGAGACCCGAAGGGUGGGUCCAAAAGAGUGCGCUUUUUAAAUGAAGAAGAAAGUAGGGAAUUACUCGGUGAGAAAGUGUUUGGCGAAGAGGGUUUCCCUCCUCAACUUGAGGAACUGGGAGAGAACAUUGCCAAGAAAUGUGAAGGUCUUCCUCUUAUGAUAGUCACGGUUGCAGAGCUCCUAUCAAAAGCUGACAAGACCCCGGAAUACUGGAAUAAGGUACUCGUUAAACAACGUAGUUCAGUCUUCGUGGAUGCAUUUAAUCAAAUAUCAGAGGUAUUAAUUUUUCCCAAGCUAUGA